GUUUCUGCGUUUCCCUUUUUCUCUCUUCACUCUCGGAUUUCCCUUUCUCCAAUUUCCUCCUCCUCUUCGCCCUCCGAUCACUUUUUUUUCUCCCCUCCCUCAAGCCGAAGGUGCCCCCUAUUUAUACAGAAAUAGAGAGGACUCCAGUCCUUUUUCUAACUCUCAAUUCUAAUCCCAAUCCCCAAAAUUACAGAUAAUAAUAUAAUCCUAUUUUAAAUACCUUCUGCGACUCUUGAUAAGAACUUCAACUUCGAAAAUCUCUUCUUGUGUUGUUGUGGUUUAUCCAAACUUUGAAUGGAUUUAGAGAUAAAUCAAGAAGAAUUUUGUGAAAUUUGGAGAUAGCCGGCGGCAAAAGGAAGAAACCCAUUUUUUUUGGAAAGCUAGGAUUUUGAUGGUAUCAGAUUGUGGUGUGAUAAGUUCCGAGCCUUGUGCAUUUGUGGGACUUGUCUCACGAGUGCACGGCGUCUGCCACGUCCCCGGAUUUGGGUUCUGGGGCGUGACAGAUUUAGUGUUAUCAGAGCAUAAGUUUAAAUUAAGAGCUUAGGUUGAAAUUAAGAGUUUAAGAUUAAAUUAAGCGCCUUCAGAUUGAGUGGCAUCAGAGCAGAUUGAGUGAUAUCCGAGCCUAGGUUUAAUUGAAUACCUAGGAUUUGUUUUGGACUUGGCUAGCCAAUUGAUUUUAGACCCGUGGUGAGACAAGUGAUGGGGUUUUAUAAGGGACAAUUCUUAUUCAUGUUGCCUGAAUUUUCUCAUCCAUUUCGUUGAGAUGGUGAUCUGAUUGUUCUUGUUUCUUGCCUUCAUACUCUGUGUGAAGUUGUGAAAGUAAUCUUGCCCGUUAUGUCUUGAAGACCUUGUUUUGAACUUGGUCAUUUUUUGAUUGUUCGCACUUGUUUAGACUUGUUAUUUGAAUAGAAUUUUUGUAUGCUCUUUUGCCACAAUGUUGAAAUCUGGGGAGUUAUAGAGAUCUUUUGUUAUUGACUCUGUUUGUCUCUACAGCAUAGCUGGUGGAGAAUUUGUUUUGUUUGUCACAUGACCAGUGGAGGAUGGGUAAACCCUCUACUUUGUAAGAGAUUCCAGGCUAUUUUAGCAAUGUUGUAUGUUUUCUAGAUGCAUUUUAGGAGCUGGAUAACUUGAAUUUAUAAGGCAUCCAUGCACUUGUUCAUUUAUUCAUGAUUCGUACAUCCAUUGGAUGCUUAUCUGUCUUUGAUAGAGUUCAAAGUUUUGUUGUACUCAUCUUUAAAUCCAUGCCAUUCUUUGCCAACUCGUCUUGUGAUGGGUUUGUAGCGUAACCCCACAAUUGUUCUUUUGUGGCUUUGGCAGGAUUUGUUUUUAUUCCUUGUGCUUCCCAUGUCACCCCAACCUCUAGUAGCUUGUUUCAUGGUAAAUCCUGUUAAGUGAUUAGUGUUCUGCUUUUUAUGAUUUGUUGUGAUUUGAUAUCAGAGUGGCGCAGCAGAAGCGUAGUAGGCCAUUUUGUUCAUAGAAAGUGAGUGGGACAUUUGUUUUGUCUUGGAUUGUGUGAAGCCAUUCACCACUCGAAAUGAUCCCCAAUUUGAGUUUUGGGGACAAAACUCCUUUUUAGGAGGGCCCCUAAUUCCUUUGUUCUUGCUUGAAUUGGCUUGGGUUAACUUUGAUUGCUCUUAUUUCCUUCAAUUUUGGGUAGUUCCGUGAGUUUCUCCCUUACACUUGCCGCCGGCCUCCUCCCCAAUCUGCACUCCGGUUUUGCUUGCUGGAUUUAUGGUAUGUAGCAGCUUCUCUAAGUCCUAAUUUACCCCUUUAAUUGUUGAAUUUUGUCCAUGGAUUGGCUGCCCCUGUGAUGUCCGAAAGUUUGCAGAAAUUGGGGAUGAAUUUUGAUAGCUUAAGCUAUGUUUUUAAGCUUGGUUUAAGUGUAAAUUAGCUUGGUUAGUUGCUGUGAUUUUUGGAGAAAAUCCUGUGGAAUUAGCUAGUGUUUUGGCCAAUUUGUGAAAGUCGGGGUUACUGUUCAC